GUUGGUUAUGUCGCCGAUGUAACACUUAUAUUACCGUAUCAGAGGAUUGUCUCGCAGUAUGGUCAGCAUAAGAAUAUUCGUAAAGUUGUGAUUGGUGGUGAGCAAGAGAACUCCAUCGGGGAUCGGGUGAUCUUAUUGUUUGGCUCAAAAGGAGCUGGGAAAACGAGUGUUAUCGAUAGUAUGCUCAAUUUUUUGUACGAUGUAAAACGAGAAAAUAAUUUCAGGUUCACUUUACGAGCCGAAAACGGCGCACCUACAGUGAUAUUAACUGAAUAUGUAAUCAACAACAGUAUUUUACCGUUUAGUAUUGCGAUUGUGGAUACACCAGGCGUUAUUGAUGAGAAUGGCUACAAGGGCACAUCAACGAUCAUUAGAGAGUGGUUUGAAGAAGAAUUAUCAACAACAGGCCGUUUUCGACUUGAUGUGAUAAGUUUGGUUUUGAAAAGUGAUGAAGAAGAGUUAGGAUGGCCAUAUAUUCGUGAACUAGCAGAAGUGAAACGAAUGUUUGGAGACGAUCUGAAAACAAACGUACUACCAAUUGUUACUCAUACUGAGGUACUACCGCAACCGCUUGCAGUUCAUGCGUUGGCUUAUGCAAAUGUGACAUUCUUGGAGUAUUAUAAAAUUAAUAACGUUGCAUUCAUUCCAUCAUCAAGCACUAUUAUGAAUAAGGCAAAACUGAAGCGUCUUUUCAUCGAUGGCAACACAUCAUUAAAUCGAUACUUCACGGAUUUGCAAGAUUUGUCAGUGCCAAUGAUUUUGGCCAUGAACUCGUCGGAUACUUCAUCCGAAACAACGGUACCGUCAACAAAAUCUUCAUGA